AUGGCCUUCCGCACCGGGUCCUUUGCGACCUUUCUCAUCGUCUGCCCAACCAGCUUCUUCCUCGGCAUCAUCUUCUCCCUCUUCCCCUACGACUACCCAAUCCUAUGGUCCACCUCCCCGACGCCCCCCUCGCACUAUGACUACUUCGAAUCGCACCUGCGCUUCCUGCACGCCUCGCCCCCGCUGAUCCCGCGCAUCCUCCACAUCGUCAUCUUCCUGGGCCUCGCCGGCCUGAUCACCAAGCUGUACCGCCCCAGCGAGUCCAACAUGCUCUUUGACGGCGCGUCCCUCGUGCUCUACAUGUGCGGCGUGACCGUCUACAUCGCGAAUAUCGUCAAGGGGCUGAGGUUAGUCCAGGAGGGGGUAUACGGGGAUGAUUUGUUGAAGGAUGGAGGUGCGCUCGAGGAGGGGGAGCAGAUUCUCGGACGUGAGGACUCGUUGAAGGUGUUGGCCGCGAGUAAUACGAUUCUGGCGCUGGUGCUUGUUGGGGUCCUGGUGUUGCAGGCGGGGCAGUGGUAUGCCGAGAGGAAGGAUCAGAUUGAGGCGGAGAGCUUUAAGGGCGGGAAGGGGAAGGCGGAGGAGAAGGAGAAGGAGAAGAAGAAGAAUUGAUUUCAUUUGAUUUGAUUGCGAAGGGGGGGUUGUUUUGUUAGAGUUGGGGGUGGGUGGUUUAUUGUGGGAGGUUUGUUACAGGAUUCGUGGGUGAUGGGAAUGUAUGUUAGGGUGGUGUUGUGCUUUCUCGAAUCAUGCAUGCAUGGGUCAAUAAUCUAUGUCAUAUUGACUAUCUGUCCCUGUCUGGAGGUUCUGGCAACUAGAAUGGAAAAGUUCUACCGUCCGAUUGCUAAUGCUCUAGUC